AUGUUUUGGAAGCUUCCCUCCGUAUCCGCUUCCUCUCCGGUCGAGGUAGUAUUGGACAAGGAUAAUUACACUUUGGAAGAGCUUCUGGAUGAAGAGGAAAUAAUCCAGGAAUGCAAGGCCUUGAACAGUCGUCUCAUUAACUUUUUGAGAGAUGAAGAGCAGGUUGAGCAAUUGCUUCGCUACAUUAUUGAAGAACCACCAAUCGAUGCUGAAAACAAACGGAUCUUCAAGUUUCCGUUCAUGGCCUGUGAGAUCUUUACAUGUGAAAUUGAUGUCAUUUUGAAGACCUUGGUGGAUGAAGAAGAGCUCAUGAACUUAUUGUUCUCUUUCUUGGAGCCUGACCGUUCUCAUAGCACCUUGCUGGCUGGGUACUUCAGCAAGGUGGUUGUUAGUCUAAUGAUCCGGAAGACAUCACAACUUAUCAGUUAUGUUCAAGCCCAUCAGCAUGUAUUACGCCAACUGGUUGAUUUGAUAGGCAUUACUUCCAUCAUGGAGGUUUUGGUUCGACUUGUCGGUGCUGAUGAUCAUGCAUAUCCCAAUUUUAUAGAUGUGAUGCAAUGGUUGGCUGAGAGCAACCUGCUAGAGAUGAUUGUUGAUAAAUUAAGUCCAUCGAGUCCCCCUGAAGUUCAUGCCAAUGUAGCUGAAACAUUAUGUACAAUAACUCGAAUUCCAUCAUCCACUUUAGCAAUUAAGCUUUCAAGUCCAAGUUUUGUUGCAAAAAUUUUGGAUUACGCAUUGGACAAUUCACAAUCAAAGUCUGGCCUUGUCAACUCACUUUGUGUGUGUAUUUCUUUACUGGAUCCCAAAAAAUCAGCUGUUUCAUCUUCACUUUUUCAUUCAUUCCGAAGUCAAAAUAUGUAUGAGCCACCAAUUCCUGUAAAUCCAGAUACUAUUGGUGCAAUGCUCCCUAGACUGGGGGAUUUGCUUGUGCUUUUGAAUGUGUCAUCUGAUGACAAGGUAUUGCCUACAACAUACGGUGAACUGAGACCUCCACUUGGCAAGCAUAGAUUGAAGAUCGUGGAGUUUAUUGCAGAACUUUUAAAAACCAGAAAUGAAGUGGCAGAAAAAGAAUUGGUCAACUCGGGAACCAUUGGACGAAUUGUUGACCUUUUUUUUGAGUAUCCGUUCAAUAACUUGUUACACCAUCACAUAGAAAGUAUCAUUUUAUCAUGUUUGGAGAGCAAAGCUGAUGCCAUUGUUGAUCAUCUUCUCCAAGGUUGUGAUUUAAUUGGGAGGUUUCUCCAAGUAGAUAAACAAUGUAUUCUUUCUGCUGAAGGCAAUCAGCGAACAAUACCUGCGGCUGGAAAACGGGCGACCCGGGCAGGAAACAUUGGACAUAUUACUCGAAUUGCUAAUAAACUCGUUCACUUGACUCACAACCAAAGCCGCAUUCUAGCACGUCUUCAGGAGAAUCAUGAGUGGAAUGAAUGGCAAGCUACGGUUCUUCAGGAGCGGAGUUUGGUUGAGAACGUUAAUCGCUGGGCUUGUGGACGUCCAACUGCAUUACAUGAUAGGAUGAGGGAUAGUGAUGACGAUGAUAUUCAUGACAGAGACUAUGAUGUUACAUCAUUAGCAAAUAAUUUGAGCCAGGCUUUUGGAUACAAAAUUUAUGGAAACGAGGACAAUGAAGAGGAGCAUGGCGGUGUUGAACGAGAUGAUGAGGAUGUGUACUUUGAUGAUGAUUCUGCUGAGGUAGUCAUAUCUUCCCUUAGACUUGGUGAUGAUCAAGGGAGCAAUCUGUUUACAAACUCCAAUUGGUUUGCUUUCCAAGAUGACAGAGUUGGUGAUGCAAAUGGGGGAACAUCAUCCUCUGAGAUGAUGGAUGAGAUAACCUUGAAUGGAGCUGUAAAUGGAGGUAGCAACAGUAGUGAUGAUGAUGAUGAGGUGGUGGUUGGAGAGGAUGAAGAAUUGACUGACAACAAAAAUACUGUGAAUGGUGCAUCUAGUUCAAGCACGAACAUACUUAGUGGAUUAACUGGUAGUGAUUCCAUGAAUGAAGGCACUUUAGAUUUUGAAAGUGGGAAAGCAAGCACAUCGAACGACAUGGGAUUCUACAAAUUUGAGGCAACAGACAAUGAGGACUUGUUUGGUGAUAGACCUUUACCAGAUUGGGUGGGAUGGGGUGAACCAUCAGAUAUACAAGUCGCUAGCUCAAGUAUGAAUCCUUUUCUGGAUCAUAAUGAAUCAGGCAGUAAUUUGUCUAGUAAGUCUCAGUUAGGCGAUCAGAACCCGAAUUCUUCAAAUGGGGAAUCUGUACUAUCAAAUGGAUCACCAAUCACUAGAGAUUCAAUGGAUGCGGAUGAGGAUUCGAGUCAAAGAUCGGUAGCUGUACCCUCUUUAUUUGAAGAGGAUGUGGAGUUUGUGGGUGUAGAGUUAGAAGGCACGGGUAAUGCAAUGGAACAGGCCCUCAAAGAAGGGAUAGUUGGGGAGGCAGGGCCAUUAAAAAGAAAUGUAUCCCCAAAAGUGCCUGAAAAAGAAAACUCUGAAGAGGGCAAUCCUGGUGUGAAGGAGUUCAAUGAUACAAAUUAUUGGAGGGUUGACCAAGAGGUUGCUGUUCUAGAGUGA